ACCACCAGAAGCAAAGGAAUUUGAGAAGAUGCCCAAAGCUCAGUGUAAAACCUGCAAGAAAAUGGUUCCGCUUCAGAUUCUUCCAGGACACAUAAAGGAAUGCAAAAAACAACUUGUAGAUUUGUGCGAUUCUGCUGAAGAAGAAAGCUGCAAGGAAGAAGAUGAAGAUGAAGGCUCAGCUGCCCUUUGCUACGAGAAAAGCAAGACAGCUGAGUGUCCUGUGUGCGGAAAUGCAUUUCAUCCUGAAAUCAUUGAGUUCCAUGCAGCCAGUAUGCGGAUUACGAACUUCAGAUGAUGAUGGCCAUGAGUCAAGUGAUCCAAUCAGUACCUUUCAAAGUUCUGAGGAUAUCUUGAAUUGGAUCGGUUCUCAAGUUGAUGAGACAAACACAUUUUCCAUCUGUGUGUCGCGAACUGAUCUCUACAACAGAGGCAUGCAACAGUGGCAACGGCAGAAGAAGACCUCACCCAAAUGUAGACUUAAGGUCACAUUCUUUGCCGAGGCAGGCAUUGAUACUGGUGCCCUUACCAAAGAAUUCCUCACAGAAAUGCUGGUAGAAAUAGAAAAAAGACUCUUUGUUGAAGGUCCAGAUAAGAAAGGGAAGAAUCCCGUUUACUGCCUUAACAGUUUGGACUGUAAUUACUUCAGGACUGCAGGAGAAGUCAUGGCAGCUAGUCUGGCACAAGGCGGACCUUGCCCUAACUUCCUGCGUGAAUGGUGCUUCAGUUAUCUCUUCUCUGGUGACUCUGACAGCAUUCAAGUGUCUGCCAGUGAUGUCACAGAUUUGGAACUGUUACAGCUAAUUGUAAAGAUAAACACCGCCAAUGAUGACAACAUCAGCGACCUGAUUGGUGACGUUGUGACCUGCGGAUACACUGGAAUCGUGUUUGUGGAUAAAAGGGACAGCAUAAUAAGAGCUGUUAUACUUCACUCCACCAUGAGACUCAUCCCGAUGCUCGACCAGCUCAGAAAAGGCCUGCAGCUCUAUGAACUACCAAAGAUCAUGAAUACCCAUCAAGACCUUUGCCAACCACUGUUUGUUACAGGGGAAGAUGAUAAGGUACAUUCUUGUCUCAGACACUCUUACUCUUGACUCUGUGUAGUUUUACUGUAUCAUGAAGC